UACAGAUAAGAAUGACAUCUCCGUUAUCAGAAGAUAAAAUAUUUACUCACAGAGUUUGGUUUACACAUCUUUGUGUAUUCUAAUUCAUUUAUGUAAUAAUGUAUUUGCCAAAAAGUUACUAUUAGUUGGAAGUUCCGUGGCCAUAGACGUUAGUUUGUGAAUUAACAUGAACAAAGGAAGACUUAGGCAGUGUCAUGCAGCCAUGGCUGGCGGCUUCGGGUCGCUGGUCAUGGGCGCUCUCAACGUCUGGCCCUCCUACACUUCAGAGCUCUACGCAUCCAACACCACUACUCCCCUAUCUGCGCCUAUGACGAAAGGCGAGGAGGCCUUGUUAGGGAGCCUGCCUUCAUUAGGAGCGAUUCUAGGCUCAGCAGUAGCUGGGACACUGAUCAAUAUGUUCGGGAGAAGGAAUGGUGGUGUUAUUUUGUCUUUGCCUUGUGUGAUGUCCUGGGCAAUAAUAGGAGUAGCAAGUUCAAUGAACCUGAUUCUAGCGGCAAGAUUCUUGUCCGGUAUUACUGGUGGCAGCUUUCUAGUACUGACGCCUAUCUUCAUAUCUGAAGUCGCUGAAGAUGCUAUUCGCGGAGGUUUAGCUUCAGCAUCAAUAUUCCUGUACUGCACGGGAACACUACUCUCGUACAUAGUGGGCUGGUGCCUCACGUAUAGGACUAUCAUCUGGCUUCACUUGCUACUCAGCGUGUUGUGUACUCUACUCAUACUGUUGGUGGUUGAGAGCCCUGUAUAUCUGCUGAGGCAGAAGAGGGAAGAGGAUGCAAGAGAAGCGAUAGCGAAAUACAGAGGAGUUCCGGUAUCGUCAAUGGUUGUGCUCGAUGAACUGACGCGGAUGAAACAACAGAUCAUGCCGGCUGUCGAACUUGUGUCUAUUACAGAUAUGGAUCCCAAAGCAGAAGAAGCUGAAAAGCAGAAAUUGAAUAAUGAAGAAGAAAUCGUCCAAGAACAGCCUAAAUCGAUGUCACCGAUCAAAUUAUUAUUCGUGUCACCGGUAUCGCGGCAGGCGUUCAUAGUUGUAAUGACAGUCAUCACAAUGCAGGUGUUCAUGGGCAUAGUGCCUGUACAAGUAUACGCAAAGACAGUGUUCACGGAGACAGACCCCAGCAAGUCAGACCUCUAUACAGUCGUGUUUGCAGUUAUACUGUUCUUUGGAGCUCUCACUUCUACGCUUGUAGCAGAUAAGGCUGGAAGACGGAUCCUCAUAAUCAUCUCGUCAAUCCUCGUUUUCCUCUGCAUGGUGUCCCUCGGCUUCCUCCUUCAGACCCGCAUGGCUCCAGCCUGGCUGACGGUGGUGCUGCUGAUGAUGUACUGCUUCUGCUUCAUCAUAGGAGCUGGAAGUAUACCCUACGUGCUGUUGGCUGAGGUUUUUGAGUCACAGGUCCAAGGCCUAGGUUCAAUGAUCGUCAUAGAAUGGGUUUGGUUCCUCAACUUCUUCAUUCUUGGUAUCUUCCCAUACAUGCUGAGUGCUCUCAAAAUUCAUGGAGCCUUCUAUUUCUUUGGUGCCAUGAGCCUUUUAAACGCAAUAUUAGCGUUUAUACUAGUGCCUGAAACCAAGGGACUUUCGAAUGCACAAAUUCAGGACCUUUUUAGAUCAAGAAAGAAGAAUUAGACUGGAGAAGAAGAUUUUUGCUGUGAAAUAGUUUAAGAGAUAUGUUUUAAUGGUGCUUUUUUGGAGAGUGAUGAAUGUGGCAAUCAUAAUAUUUGUGAUUUUUGUAUUAAAAUAAUGUGUGGACCAAAUUAUAUCCAAGACAGGGACUUAUUAAUAAAUCGAUGAUCGGGACUGUGCUUAAAGAAGGAACACACUAUGUAUAAAUACUCCACUAAAUUUUAAACGUGUGUGCUCUAAAGCUCUUUCACAGUUUCGACGUAAUAUUUUUAAUAUGUGAAAUAUGGAAAUAUCUACAAGGAUUAAGUACAUAUACCUGAAAAUGAAUUUUAUGUUUUUUUUUUGAUGUUGAGACCGAAUGAGCUCAGACAACCCAUUCAGGACGAAUUUUUAAAUUCAUCUGCAAGAGAUGGAUGGUUUCUGAGCACCCUUAUCGGCGAUUUAUCAAUUAAUUUUAUAUUUUUAAUUAAAAGGGAAAAUCAAUGGAUGGUCUUUUGGGUAAGGUGCUCAGAAACUGGACAUUAACUGAACAGAGAUCUUUUUGGAUCAUUAAAUUAGUGAGAAUGAAAUACAUUGUUGAAAGAAGGAUGUCCAAAUGAAAAAAGGAUGUAAAAACAUAUCAUUAAAAUAAUAGCCAUAUACCAUAAUGAAAUUAAUAGGAUAAAUAGGUUAAGUAUUUAAAUAAUAAAACUGACGAAUUUAUUCAUUUAUGUUUAAGAGAGAGAAUGGAUUUAUACUGUGUCUACGUUAACUAAAUACAGUGUUGUUGUUUUAAA